AUGCGAGUCUCAUCCCCCGCCGCGGCGGCGGCGUCGCCUCACGCCGACGACCACCGUAUGUCCAACAUCGGCAGCCGCGACGCCGAGUCUCUCUUCCGCUCCAAGCCUAUUGCUGAGAUCCGGAAGACAGAAGCCGCGACGCGGAGGCAGAUCGAGGAUAAGAAGGAGGAGCUCCGGCAACUGGUCGGCAACCGGUACCGCGACCUGAUCGACUCCGCCGACUCCAUCGUCCGCAUGAAGGCCUCCUGCGACGGAAUCUCCGGGAAUAUCGCCACCGUGCACGGCCGCAUUCGCUCCCUCUCCCUUUCCCAAUCCCAGUCCCAAACCAAGCUCCAUUCCCAGUCCCGAGCCUGGACUUACGGCACGGCGUGCCGCGUGAAGUACCUCGCCGACACGCCCGAGAACAUUUGGGGAUGCCUCGACGAGGGGAUGUUUUUGGAGGCUGCGUCGCGCUGCGUGCGUGCCAAGCACGUGCAUCACCACUUGUUCGUCGAUUCCGAUGACCAGAAGAAGAAGUUCCUCUCCAAUUUCGCCAUGCUCCAGCACCAAUGGCAGAUCGUCGAGAGCUUCAGGGCGCAGAUCUCCCAGCGCAGCCGCGAUCGGUUGCUUGAUCGCGGCCUCGCCAUUAGCGCUUACUCCGACGCGCUUGCCGCCGUGGCCGUUAUCGACGAGCUCGAGCCUAAGCAGAUAUUGGGAUUGUUUUUGGAAUCGAGGAAGUCGUGGAUAUUGCAAGUUUUGGGGAAUGCUGGUCCUGGUGACGCUUCCUCUUUGGUGGUUUCGGUCUUGUGUGAUGUGUUGGGUAUAAUUCAGGUUACUGUGGGUCAGGUGGGUGAGUUGUUUUUGCAGGUUUUGAAUGAUAUGCCCCUUUUCUACAAAGUCAUUCUGGGAUCCCCUCCGGCAUCUCAGCUGUUUGGUGGGAUUCCCAAUCCUGACGAGGAAGUUAGGCUUUGGAAGUCAUUCAGAGAUAGACUGGAAUCGAUCAUGGUGAUGCUUGAUAAGCGUUACAUUGCUGAUACUUGUUUUGCGUGGUUGAGAGAGUGCGUGAGCAAGAUAAGCGGAAGAAAUUUGAUUGAUGCCAUUGGUUGCGGCCAGGAUUUGGCUUCUGCUGAGAAAUCAAUAAGGGAGACCAUGGAAAGCAAGCAAGUUCUUCAGGGGAGUCUAGAAUGGCUCAAGAGUGUUUUUGGCUCGGAGAUUGAGUUGCCUUGGAGUAGGAUUCGAGAACUUGUUCUGGAAGAUGAUUCAGAUCUUUGGGAUGAGAUAUUUGAAGACGCUUUUCUUGGCAGGAUGAAAGCAAUUAUUAACUUGAGAUUUAGGGAGCUAACUGGUGCUGUUGACGUGGUAAACUCAAUUUCUGCUGUAGGUGAGUUGUUUACCAAGCUGGAUGAUGUUCAGGUGUACGUGAACAGACCUUCUACGGCUGGUGGUGUUUGGUUUCUAGAAUCAAAUACCAGGAAAACUGGAGUUGCUUCCGGGUCUAAAGUCCAGCCUGAAGAGAGUGAAUUUCAUUCUUGUCUCAAUGCUUAUUUUGGUCCUGAGGUAAGUCGAAUCAGGGAUGCAGUUGAUGUUUCUUGUCAAAGCAUCCUUGAGGAUCUUUUAAGUUUCAUAGAAUCCCCAAAGGCAUCUCAAAGAUUGAAGGAUCUGGCACCAUACCUGCAAAGUAAAUGUUAUGAAUGUGUGUCAUCAAUAUUAUUGACACUGAAAGAACAGCUUGAUAGUUUAUAUGCCCCAACAGAAAAUAAAGAGGUGCCAACAGCUGUUACUGUUGAAAAGUCUCUUUUCAUUGGACGAAUAUUGUUUGCAUUCCAAAACCAUUCUAAACAUAUACCCCUGAUACUUGGUUCUCCCAGAUUUUGGGCUAAUGGAAAUGCAUCUGCGGUUGGGAAAUUACCAUCUACGGUGAAACAAUCUCGAUUUGCAUCUGAUUCUGCUAUAUCUGAUAGUCCAGGAAGACAAGCGAGUCUCGGCUCCAAAAGACAAAAUUCAUCUUCCAUAGCUGCUUUGCUUGGCAUGAGAGAAGGUGCAAGCCAUGAAUUGGAAGAACUGAAUAAGACUAUAGGGGAUCUUUGCAUUAGAGCUUACAACUUGUGGAUAUUAUGGCUCUCUGAUGAACUUUCUGCCACUGUCUCUCGGGAUCUUAAACAAGAUGAUGCUUUAUCUUUGAGCACACCCUGGAGGGGAUGGGAGGAUAUUGUUGUCAAGCAAGAUCAGUCUGAUGAGAACCAAUCGGAGAUGAAAAUUUCUCUUCCUUCUAUGCCUUCUCUGUAUAUCAUCUCAUUUCUCUUUAGAGCUUGUGAUGAAGUUCAUAGAGUUGGAGGCCAUGUGCUUGACAAGAAGAUUUUGCAUAAACUUGCAUCAAGGUUACUGGAAAAGGUAAUUGGAAUCUUUGAGGACUUCCUUUCCACUGAAGAGAGUGGUGUUCACCAAGUGUCAGAAAAAGGAGUUUUGCAGGUUUUGUUAGACGUCAAAUUUGCUACUGAUGUUCUCUCUGGUGGUGAUUUAAAUGUGGUUGGGGUAUUAUCUAGUAACCCAAAGGCUAAGCUACCUGCCAGAAGGAAGCAAGAGCAAAGUUCUACAACCUCAGCCAUUAGAGAACGUUCAGAUCAAUUGUUAAAUCGUCUUUCUCAGAAACUGGAUCCCAUAGACUGGCUUACGUAUGAGCCAUAUCUCUGGGAGAAUGAGAGGCAAUCAUACCUACGGCAUGCUGUCCUCUUUGGUUUCUUUGUGCAACUUAACCGUAUGUACACAGAUACUGUUCAGAAACUGCCUACUAAUUCAGAAUCUAAUAUUCUGAGGUGUUCUACAGUUCCCCGGUUUAAAUACCUCCCCAUCAGUGCACCAGCAUUGUCCUCUAGAGGGACAAAGAAGACAUUUACUCCAUCUGCAAAUGAAAUCUCUUCAAGAAGUUCAUGGAAUUCAAUUACAAAUGGAGAACUUUCUCAGAAGAUGAAUUUGGAUGACAAUUCAAGUCUGGGGGUGGCAGCACCGUUACUGAAGUCUUUUAUGCAGGUUGGAAGCAGGUUCGGGGAGAGUACUUUUAAACUGGGAUCCAUACUAACUGAUGGACAAGUUGGCAUUUUUAAGGACAGAUCUGCAGCUGCAAUGUCCUCGUUUGGAGAUAUUUUACCUGCUCACGCAGCUGGUCUUCUUUCAUCUUUUACUGCUCCCAGAUCAGAUUCAUGA